AUGGACGGCUUCAACAACUAUCAGUUCUUCAAUGGCGGCGCUGCAGGACAGGCCACGGGCAACGGGGGCGACUGGUACAAUCCUACCAGCGCCUACCAGCCCGGGCCUGCAAUGAACGCCAUGCAGCCGCCAAUGAUGAUGCCGGUGACAGGGGUGAACUCGAUGAUACCGCCCAUGACAACAGCGCCGAUGUAUACAACGACCUCGAUGCAGACAAUGACAUCGUCGCCAAUGCAUCCAAUGACCUCGAUGCCGCCCAUGCCUAUGGCUCCGAUGGCCACAAUGCCGCCGCCGCCAACAACCCAAAUGGCUAGGAUGUCCACCCCUUAUGGCACCAACAACAACGGCAACUCCAUGUUUCAGGGAGUUCAACAAGGCCAAGUUCAACAACAGGGCGGCGCCGGCCAGAAGCGAAGCUUUGCGGAUUUCGCAGAGGGAGAGCCACAGCUGCAACAGCAACAGCAACAGCAACGACGAGCUCGUGCCUUUGUCCCUUCUUUCGAACAGCAGCAGCAGCAGCAGCCGCAAAUGACCCAGCAAGUUGCCCAGGUCCAGGGCACCAUGGCGGCAGAACUCGAGAGGCUCCGCAAGGAGGUCCUCGGCUUGCGUGCAGAGAACCAAGCUUUCAAGGAGCAGAAGCAGUCUUUCAAGGAGCAGCACCUUCGGGAGCUGAAGAAGGCACGGGCAGCCUGCGACAUGCUCGCCGCCAGGGCUCGGCAAGCUCUCCAAGAGAAGCAGCAGGCCAUCCAGGUCGGCCAGAGGCUCAGCCAGGAAAACACCAAGGUCCGGGCAUACUACAACGUGCUCCGUGGCCAACUCCACUUCACGGUCCGGGACAACGGUCUCCUCGAGCCUGUGGUUCCGGAGACCGGGCGGGCCAUCGACCUCACCGGCCCCGAGGGCCUUGAGUACAGCAAGCGGUUCAAGGAGCUGGUGAAGCCUUACGUGGGCCAAACAGUACCAGUAGACCGCCGCUUGCUGCAGCCGCAGCACAAUGGGGGCGCCUCAGAGCUUGUUCCUCCACGUCUGGCGCUGGCGUCAGUCGUGGAUCUGACCAGCGAGGAAGAGGUGGGUGAGGUCGGUGCUGUCCCUGUCCCUGCUGGUGCUGGUGUUGGGGUUGCUGAUUCUGCUGGUAUUGAUGCUGCUUCUGCUCCUGUUGUUGCCGACAACGAUAACGACAAUGUUGUUAUGCGCCCUCCCGCUGUCCCUGGCUCCCUCGUUGCUCCUACACCUACGAGACCUUCUUCUUCCUCUGUAGCAGUCGUUGCAAACCCCGGCAGUGCUGCCACCCCUCUGCCAUGCACGCCCGCUACUCUUUCUCUCUCCGCUGCUCCGGUGCUGGCCACCCCUCCGACAUGCACACCCGCCGCUCUCUCUCUCUCCGCUGCCCCGGUCCUGCCCACCCCUCCUCACUCGUCGACAGAGAGCGACGCCACCGCCACCAACAGCGACGUCCCGAGACCGAAAAAGGCCAAGAGAAGUCUGGACUGGAUGGUCCACAAGGCGCCUCCAGCCCUGCACAAGGCCAUGGGCCGCCUUCCUUACCUGCAGACCAACAUGCCAGGCCAGACCGACAACGACUGGUUCUGGCAGCUCAACGCCCCGGCCUCAGCCAAUCCUCCUCCUCCGGCGGCCACAGCGGCAGCAGACAACAACAACAGCAACCACAGCGGCAGCAGCAGCGUCCCUACCCCAAAUCCUCCUGCCCGAACAACCGCUCGUGCUCGUGCCGGUGCUGGUGCCGGCUCCCGCAAAAAGGCCGCCACCGAACCCAAGGCCAAAGUUACAAGGCCAAAGGCCAAGGCCGCGCCCAAGCCAAAGCCAAAGCCCAAGCGCGAGGCGGCCACCAAGAAGGCGCCGGAGGCACCGAAGGCCAAGGCAACCAAGCCAAAGGCAAAGACCCCGACACCGACGCCGGCACCGGUAGAGGAGCGUCCUCGACGAAGGGAAGACAGUCUCUUCGACGGCGAUGAGGAGGACUUCAUGAGCCAAUGGAUCGAGCUUGAAGAAGCCGAGUCCAAGCAGAAGGAGACAGAGAAGGAGAAGGAGAAAGAGGUAGAGGAAGAGGAAGAGGAAGUCAGAAACUCCGAGGUUCAGGAGUUCAUGAACUAUUGGAACCAGCGAGACGACUCGGAGGCCACCGCAGACAAGGCGACCGAAACUAAGCCAGACACCGCGGGAGGAGCGGCGUUCGAAGAGGGGCCCUGGUCCGAAGACGAGGCCGCCGUCUGCAGCGAGCUAGAGCUCGUUUACCCCGAAGACGAAGAGUCCGAAGUCUCUGAGGAGGAAUAAGAAACGAAGAGCAAGAUGUGAGAGGGAGCUCAGAGAGGAGCAAUCAGUGCAGGAUGAGAUUCAGGUGACAGAUGGGGUGACGACAACUUUUCUUUCUCUGAAAGGGUCGGGUACCAUUUCAGCAAGCACAGCCUUGAACGAAAGCAUUUCAAUGCACGAUAGAACGACCAUAGCGACGGCGUUCUGAGGAUGGGAUUUUGGGAUCCUUGGUAGAUCUUACGGGCAUUGAUUGCAGUGCCUUACAGCAACGGCACUAGACGAGACAUCACACCGUGUCAUGGACAUUCGAUGAGGAACGUGGAGGAUUGAGGGCAAAGCAAGGCGCCGAGGAAAAGGCACGGAUGAGCUGCAGGCAGCUCUUGAUCGGCCAUAAUGGACACAGAUGGGAAAGGAUAAGGCCACAAAAUGGAUACAUCUGCUGGUCAGAUGAGUGACUUGGUCGUGGCAUGCAGAUUGGAAUGAAAUGAGAUAGACAUUAAUGGCGAGAAGCAAGGGAAGCAAAGUCAGGAACUUGAGAAAGCGUACCUUUGAUAGGUAGCUUGAAUUGAGAUGCUUCUGCCAAAACCACAGCAAGAUUGUUCGAAA